AUGUCACGCGGAAAACGUAGUCCAAAGAGGAUACUCAAAGCUACACAAGAAAAUACAACAAAUGACAGUUUAGCAACUGAACGAGAAGAUUUCUGGAACGAUGAGCGUACACUUGCAGUGUUUCAUAGCGUGAUUAAACGGAAACCGGAGGGAUUAUUGAAGUAUUUCAUUAUCUCAAAGAUUCAAUCUCAACUCAGUGAUCGUCUUAAGAUGAAUGUACCCAGUAAAGUAAUAUGGAGUUAUCUUCAUGCUCGUUGGAAUAUGAAUGAAGAUGACUUAGCUAAACGCCAAAUAAGGACAUUUUUCAGGACUAAUAAUAAAGAAGAUUUUGAACGGGAUUUUGAACUACCCCAUACUGAAGAGUGGACACGUUUAAUUGAAGGACAAUUUGACUUAAUAGCUUCCAAAAUUGCAAAUACAGAUGCUAUGAACCAAACAUGUCAAGCUGCGAUCAGUAAUGUGGAUUUAAAACAUUAA